GCAGUGGCUGUCCGUAUCGCGAGAGUACAGCUCAGAGGAUUACAGGGAGGCGGUGACCUAAUCGCCGUCGCGAGGCGGGGCGAACCGCUGCAACUUUGGAUGAACUUCUGAUUUGAACAAACCGAGAGGCGGUCGGCGGAGUGCUCGGACAGCAAGAGAUACAAAGGUGAAAAGCAGCGGAGGUUUUCUGCUACGAAGCUUUGACAGCCGGUUCCCUUUACAGCAGUUACGGUCUGUGUGUGCGCCGCCGAAUGACCAGCGAGAGCGUUAUUUUUCCUGUCGAAAAGGUGGAAAUUGAUAAAGGUUACCUGUACAGCUUUCAGGCUGUGUCAUCUGCACUUCACUGGUGUUGACGAGAUACCGGGAUCAACAUUGCCGAGUUCCAGAUAGAAAGAGUCCCCUGUCACCUGAUUCCUAAGCAGACUGCUUGUAAGAGUCUUCAACAAUAAAAGUUGGCCAUCAACUAAUUUCUCUUCAUCAAGACUCACUACUGUAGAGCACUAAAUGUCCCUUAGCCUCUUGAAUCACUUCACUCAGUGGCCGUUAUGUUGACCCGAAUCUAAUCUCAUUAGCACCCCAUCCUUACCUUUCCCUCCCAUCUCCCAACACCAUUUCCCGACUCCGUCAUGACCAGUCUGAAGCGCUCUCAAACAGAGCGCUCAGUUGGGGGCUCGGUGUCGGCUACCGAUGAGUUCUACACUCGUCGUCUGCGACUGCCUAAUGGAGGGGCACCACCACCUCGCAGUGAGAGCGCCCACAUCUCUUCUUCUUCAACCACGGGCACCAACCCUGGUGUCCCAAAGAUGGGGGUUCGGGCUCGUGUAGCUGACUGGCCACCAAGAAAAGAUGGGGGAGGAGGGGGUGUUUGGCACAUCACUGUGGAAACAGACUCACCCAGCUCUACCAACACCACUAGCUCUUCAGGGUCAGGAAGUGGAGAUAGAGAAAGACUUGAAAGAGGGGGAGGAGGUGGUGGAGGAGGGAGUGGUGGGAGUGGAGGAGGGGGGGUGUCAGCCGUCACAGCCCAUAGCAAUCUGUCAGCCAAGCUGGGUCACCUGAUAAGCCCACAGGACUCAUCCAUGCUGCGCAACAUCCACAACACACUAAAGAGCAAGAUGCAAAGCAAGGGAAAGGACAAUCGCUUCCUGUCACCGGAUGGCUAUCUGGGUUCCCCUCGCAAGGGCAUGAGACGCAUCCGCCAACGCAGUAACAGUGAUAUAACUAUCAGUGAGCUCGACGGGGAUGGAAACGAGGGCUGGUCGUUCUCCGGGUGGACACCCAUGCACCGGGAAUAUGGCAGCACUUCAUCUAUAGACAAGCAUGGUGUGUCAGGAGAGAGCUUCUUUGAUAUGCUAAAGGGAUACCAGUCCGCUGAGGCCCCGGAUCAGCGAAGCCCAGCUCCAGAAAGGCUAACAGAACUCCUUACUGUUGCUCCCAUAAAACAGGCUGCUCUGGAUCUGCCAGAUGGACCUUUAGGUCCAGCCAGAGGUAGUCCUGCCAGUCGGCUAAAGGAACGAGAGAAGCAUUUGAAGAGAAGGUCAAAGUCAGAAACAGGUGGAGAGUCGAUCUUCCGUAAGCUGCGCAGUGUAAAGGUGGAGGGUGACACAUCAAGGGCUGGCUCGGAUGCUGAAGAUGGUGGGAAAGGGGAUGAGAGUGGACCACCUCCCAAACCCUGGGCAUGCCAAAAGGGAUUUGCCCAUUUUGAUGUUCAGUCUCUACUCUUUGACCUCAAUGAGGCGAUUCAAAGUCGGCAAUCUGGAGCCAAACGCAAAAACACCACUACUGGUGCCUCCGCUGCAGCUGCCGCCUCUGCUUCGGCCUCGUCCUCUCUUUCGUCUAAUCAGAGUGGAGUGUAUGGGUCACCUUGUGGCUCCCAAGAAGAGCUAAGCAAGGAGGGGACAGGAGGCGGUACCGACCCUGGCGAUGAUAAGAGCAAUGAUUUGGUUCUCAGCUGCCCUUGUUUCAGAAAUGAGAUUGGUGGAGAGGGGGAAAGGAACAUUUCUCCUGUUAAACAGCAGGGAAGCAUAGGAAGCGGUGGGAGCUCAAGCAAUUCCUCUGGCAGUACAGAAGAAGGCCCUUUGGAUGCCACCCUCACUACCCAUUUUACCAAUGCAGGUGUGGCUGUGUUGGAGGCUUCCAAGGACGGGCCUAGUCAACAUGCCGACAGGUCCAAACGAUACAUUGUGGAACAUGUUGACCUUGGUGCCUAUUACUACCGAAAGUACUUUUAUCUCAGAGAGCACUGGAAUUACCUGGGGGUAGAUGAGAAUCUGGGCCCUGUGGCGGUGAGUCUGAGAAGGGAGAAGCUGGAGGAACACAAAGACCAUGGACAGCAGUACAACUACAGGGUCAUUUUCAGAACGAGUGAGCUGAAUACUCUGCGCGGUUCCAUCCUGGAAGAUGCUGUACCUUCGACGUCCAAGCAUGGUCUAGGUCGAGGCCUGCCCCUCAAAGAAGUGCUGGAGUACCUCGUGCCUGAGCUCAAUGUUCACUGCUUACGCCUGGCACUCAACACACCCAAGGUCACUGAGCAGCUGAUGAAGCUGGACGAGCAGGGGCUGAGCUUUCAGCGAAAGGUGGGGGUGAUGUACUGCAUGGCGGGUCAGAGUAGCGAAGAGGAGAUGUACAACAACGAAGCGGCUGGGCCUGCACUAGAGGAGUUCCUCCAUCUGCUGGGCGAGAGGGUUCGUCUUAAAGGCUUCACCAAGUAUCGAGCUCAGCUGGACACAAAGACUGACUCAACUGGCACCCACUCGUUGUAUACUACUUACAAGGAUUAUGAGAUCAUGUUCCACGUAUCCACCAUGCUGCCAUACACACCCAACAAUAAGCAACAGUUGCUGCGGAAGCGACAUAUUGGGAAUGAUAUCGUCACGAUUGUGUUCCAGGAACCCGGGGCGCUCCCCUUCACUCCUAAAAACAUCCGCUCACACUUUCAGCACGUCUUUGUGAUUGUGCGAGCGCAUAACCCUUGCUCCGAAAACACCUCCUACAGUGUGGCCGUCACCCGCUCCAAAGACGUACCCUCUUUCGGCCCCCCUAUCCCAGAGGGUGUGACGUUCCCCAAGUCAUCGGUGUUCCGGGACUUCCUGCUGGCCAAGGUCAUCAAUGCGGAAAAUGCUGCCCACAAAUCACACAAGUUCCGAGCCAUGGCCACCCGAACGCGGCAGGAGUAUCUGCGCGACCUGGCUGAGCGGCACACCACCAACACCCCGAUUGACCCCUCUGGGAAGUUCCCUUUCAUCUCGCUUGCCCACAAAAAGAAAGAGAAGACCCGGCCAUAUGAAGGAGCAGAGCUGCGCAGUCUUGGGGCGGUGACUUGGCCAGUCCAUGCUGAGGAUCAUGGGAGUGGAGGAGAAAUGGAGGCCCUGCUGGCCAUUUCCAACGACUUUUUAAUCCUGUUGGACCAGGAGGCCAAGGCUGUGGUGUUUAACUGUGCCACUAAGGAUGUGAUUGGCUGGACGCUUAGCAGCCCCGCGUCUUUGAAGAUUUUCUACGAGCGGGGUGAAAGCGUGUCUCUGAGGAGUAUCAGUAAUAAUACAGAAGACUUCAAAGAGGUGGUCAAACGUCUAGAGUUCCUGACUAAAGGCUGUGAGACAUCAGAGAUGACGCUUCGUCGAAAUGGCCUGGGACAGCUCGGCUUCCACGUGAACUACGAAGGCAUCGUAGCUGAGGUGGAGCCAUACGGCUACGCUUGGCAGGCAGGACUGCGGCAGGGAAGUCGUUUGGUGGAAAUCUGCAAGGUUGCUGUUGCAACUCUGACCCACGAGCAGAUGAUUGACCUCUUGCGGACUUCGGUGACAGUGCGCGUUGUUAUCAUCCCGCCACAUGAUGACGCCACUCCACGCAGGGGCUGUUCAGAGCUCUAUCGGGUGCCUGUGUCAGAGUACAAGGGCAGCAGCAGCGACAGCGGUUCCUUUGAGUACAAAUUCCCCUUCCGCAGCAACAAUAACAAGUGGCAGAGGACAUCAAGCAGCCCUCAGCAAUCUCUGACUGCCUCGCCACAGCCCCACACACCCAACCGAGCCAUCAGCCUCGGUAGCUCAGUGGGAAAGACGCUGUCAGCCGAGAGGCUGGAGAGGGGUGGUGUCAUCCCGCGGAGCGUUAGCAGCGAUGGACGACCUCUAGACACCAAGAGGAUGUCUCCAGGCAGUGAGAGCUAUAGCCUGGCCUCAUCUUUGGCGCUAGGCCGUUCCCCUCAUAACCGCAGCUCUCCCAGCAACCUGUCCUGUUCCAUCGACGCCUCUGGGAGCUCUGCUCACUGGAGACAGAAGUCCAUGCCUGAGCAAUUUGCAAGCAAUCGCCACUCUCCGAUGUCUGGGGAGAGACGAGAGGUGGCUGGAGAGAGUGGGUCAGGUGGAAAGUCCUCUUCCAGUUGGUCCAGGAUGGAUGAAGGGGGAGGAGCCGAACGCGGGUCAACAGAGGCGCCAGUCUCGAAGUCUGGUCAAGGAUACUCGGGAGCUCCUCGUAUCCAGAGGCAAGAGCAAGUCAUCCACCUGUCCCCGAAGAAGGGCAGCCAGUCAGAUGGCCCUUACUCUGGUCACUCCAGUAGUAACACACUCUCCAGCACUACUUCCAGUGGGGGCCACAGCGACAGCGACAAAUGGUAUGAUAUGGGGACUGGUGGGGGCUCCAGUGGUGACCAGGGUGACCCAGAACCCAAUGGCCUGGGAGGAGGUGGUUACCUCCAGGGCGCCUCGGCCGACAGCGGCAUCGACAGCGGCUCUUUUGGAGCCUCUCACCACGCCCACCCCCACUCUCACCACGGCAGCACCACCUCGCUGCUGGCUCCCAGUGGAGGCAGAGACAGCAGGGAGAGGUCAGCGUCCCCAUGGCACAGUCCAACCGAGGGAGGCCGCAGGAUGCUUGAGAGGUCGCCUGCUGCUGCCGAGUCCCCUGGCCCUCCAGGAGAGAGAAGCAUGGAUGGAACAGGUCGAAGUCCACCUACUCACCUCCUUGUUAGAGACAGCAGCACCUACAGCCUGAGUGACACUGGAUCUCACUCAAGUGCUCGCCACUCGGGCCACAGCUCUCCCAGAGAGGAGUCGUCCUCUUCGGCAACCUCCCCUUCAUCUCAGUCCUCAGUGUCCCCUGGGCCCAAGAGCUUCUACCCGCGCCAAGGAGCUCAGUCCAAGUACCUGAUUGGUUGGAGGAAGCCCGGCUCCACCAUCAAUUCUGUCGACUUUGGAGACACGCGCAAGCUGUUGGUUAAUAAUGAAGAAACAGAACAAAUUAACAGGAAAUCUCCAGGAGAAAGUGGAGUAGACGUGGUUCCAACCCCGGCAGCCAGGCCAUCUCUGAGAGACAUGCACUCGCCGCAGACUCAUGCAAAGUCUACAAUGGAGGAAGAUGUGAAGAGGCACAGUGCUCCAGACAGUCCCCCGCCACCACGAAAACAUAAAGAAAAGCAUAGCCAGAAGUCGCCGCCAGAGCAGCCUCUCAGCCGCCGUCGCUCGCUCCAUCGCACUCUAUCAGAUGAGAGCAUUUAUCGUGGCCAGCGCCUUCCCUCCCUGAGCGACACCAUUCCUGAACCGGCUCUCGCCGCUGACGUUCUCUUCAGCUGCUCCACCCUUCCACGUUCGCCCACCACUCGUGGCGUGCCCCUUAGACGGCCUUCCUAUAAGCUGGGAGUCAAACUGCAUGGUGACCUUUCGGCAUCUGACACAUCAUUGGUGGAUUUGGUGGAGCGUCAUCGUGGACCUCUCCCUCAGGAGCUCAUGCCCCUCCCCUCUUCAGACAGAGACAGUCCCCUCGAAUGGACACACCUGGUGGACGUGGCCAAUACCUUUGAGAAUGAGCGAAACACACAUUAUGUCCAGAGAAGUUUUGUUUUUGGUGACUCAAACCACCGGAGCAGCGGCACCUCCAGUCCACAGCAGUCUCACAUAGAGCUGAAGCCUGUUCCACUGUCACGGCCCUCGUCUAGUGAGGGACAUAUAGGGCUGGAGAGGAAAGUGACUAAGCUGGAGGCCAUGGUGAAGAUGCUUCAGGAGGACCUGAAGAAGGAGCGGGAAGAAAAGGUGAGGCUUCAGGCUCAGAUCAAGAGACUCUGGGAGGACAACCAGAGACUGCAGGAGGAGUCCCAGACCUCUGCUGCCAAGCUCAAGAAGUUCACAGAGUGGGUCUUCAACACCAUCGACAUGAACUGACUCCCACCUCAACAUUUUAACCUACACACAUGCACACAAAUGCAAACAUGAGCGCACACACACGCACACACACUCUGGAUAAAGAGGCAGAGGAGGAUCGACACUCACGAGGAAACAGGAGAUUGUUGUUGUUGGACUUGAAUUAUCCUGAUGCUGAAUACGUCAACCAUCUUCCAUUGGCUUCAGCCAUCAGUGGGUAAUGCCGUCGACCAGUCUCGGUCUCUCCUCGCAGACCCUCUGUUAAACUUAGGAAGAUGACACUCAAGAAAAUGGGUGUCAUUCUCACCUAUGAGAGCUGUUGAAUUUGUCUUUCUCUCGUGUGACAAAAUCUCUUUUCUUAAAUUGCCGACAAGGAGAAAGCACUUCACACCCUCCACCUUCUAAAGAAGUCGACUUUGCCUCUUGCGGUUGUUCCAGCGGUGCACGCAAAGAAGCUCCGCCUCCUAUCUGUAGAUUUUGUUCCACGUGGAUGUGCUUCUCUUUUUAGGACAUUUAUUCUUGUUUUUUUUUUUGUUUUUUUUAAUAUUUUUUCCCAGCAAGUCUUUUUAAAUGAUGCCCAGCUGCUCUAAAAGGGGACUCGAGUCCUUUAUGCCAAAUCUCAGCUGCCACAGGAUGGGUGGGGUGGCGUUACAGAGACACCAAGGUGAUCUGAAUGAAAGUCUCUUAAAAAUGGUCCCGCAAAGUCAAGACGGGUACGCCAUCAAUCUGCCGGUCCAGCUACUGGAACACAAACGACCGCAUGCAAACACACAUACAGAAACGAUCAUCUGAAACCACAAGAGCAGAGGACACGUGAGAGGUUUUCACUUCGUUCACACCUGCGUGCCCUCCCCUCGAAGGCUCAAACCACCGGACGGUCGCUCUGGCUGUUCGACCGCAGCCACCCACACGGAAACAGGUCGCUCUGCUUCAGCACAGGAGGGAUUUGUACAGUUUCUCUUUUUCUUUCUCUCUCUCGAUCUCACUUUCUCUCUUUCGUGUCAGUCAAAUCUGGAUUACAACAUCCUGACAGAGGGGGAUAUUUAAAAGCCAUCGGCAAGCGAUGCCACUUAAAAAAAAACAACAAAAAACCAAAAAAAUACAAAAAAACCCAGGACUGAUCCGUAGUGCUUUGGUCCCUCCUAAUUAUAUGUGUCUUAAAAGCAAUAGGAAGAAGUCAGGACUCUCUUAAGAGACGCUUAAAGUGGGAAAAGAUUAUUUGGAGCUUACAAGGCUGCCGAUUUGUGCUGCACAAGAGCCUUUAUCCUUUCCCACUGAACUGUGAGGGGGGGAAAAGGAAAGUGAGAACUCUAAACAUCAUCCCACUGUCUGCAGAGACAGCUGCUGAUUAAAAGUGACAGAGACAUUAAUGAGAUGGAAAAGUGUUGUUUUUUCCUCCCCAAGGUUUAUUUAUUUCCUUGUAUUAUAAUCCAAUAAAUACGUUGUUCUAUUCGUAUAGUACAACUGACAUCAGUGUUUAGUUCCUCAAGACAAACGGUCACUAGCUAUAUUAUUUAAAUGGCUUUCUUUCUUAAUUCUGGCUAAAGCCUGACUUGUAUGGUUUUUAUUCUGUAUUCUGUUGUAUUUUGUGGUGCCCAAGCCUGCUGUCGUGUUGCUUACAGUGCCCUCUAGUGGUGACCAGUGGAAAUGUCAUGAUUUGUAAAUGUGCUGCCAGUCACUCUGUAUUUUUCUAACGCCUCUUCCGCAAUCAGUCAGACAUCAAACCGUGGAGGCCACACAAACAGGACAGGAGGAAUAAUCAGAAGCCAACCUUGAGAGACAAUCACAGGUGUAUUUUUGAUAAAAAAAAAGGAGCAGACCUAAGGUGUGUGUGUCUGUGUGUGAGUGUGUGUGGAUGUUGUGUCUGCAGAGCAUUUAUAGUUUUCCUCAGGUUCAGUUUAUGUCAGGAAUGUGAGGAAUCAACAGAAAUUGCAUAUGUGGCUAUCUGUUAGGAGGGGGCUACAGUAUCAGCUGUACCCGUGUGUGUGUGUGUGUGUGUGUGUGUGUGUGUGUGUGUGUUGUUGUCGUGUGAAUGUACAUCAGUCAAUCCAGCCGUGCCUACAGUCACUUAUCUUGGUCAUUUACUCCGAGGCAGAGCAGGGACAUGCCUUUGAAACAGCACCUGGGGAACAGAUAAAAGGGAAAGGCUCUUCUCCUUCAUCCUGAAAGAUAAGCACACCUGGUACAGUAACACGCACGCACUCACCGGAUACGAUUUUAAUUUGAGUUCACACUCACAGUCGUCGACUCGGCUGAGAGGCUUCAUCCUUUCAUUUGCUCAAAUGCUUAUUUCUCCUCUUCAGUCAGUCAGGCCAGCCUCCCGACACAGUGAUGAGUAUUUGUGGAAGUCUGUCUGCGUGUGUGCCUUUGCAUUCAAUUACUUGAGCCACUGGCCCCUGUAAUACAAGUGUGCCGGAAGACAGGUUUUUUUUUUUUCUUCCCCCACAUCACAAAGCUGCUUACAACACAAGCAAGAGUCACAGCUGGGUGUUUGACACGACAACAGGGGCGUUUAGGUCGAAGCCUAAGCGUGUCCAUUUAAACUUGGCGAAAGCCUUAAUUCCCCCCGCGCUAAAGUUUUUGACUCGCCCCAAGUAAAUUUGCAUCUCACAUUGAUGCAAUUAGAAGCCCUGCAGCGCACAGCACAAAUGAUCUCCCAGUCUGAAUGUAAAGAGAAUAUAAACGAGCCUAAAGAAAUAUGAUGUUUACUAUAACCGACAUGCUUAUUAAGCUCUGCAGUUUCGCAGAGACACGAGUGGACUGUUAGCAAAAGUUUUGGUUCUGUUUUAGGAAUCUCCCGUCAGUCUGCGUGGACGACAGUUACACCAGUAGAUGGUCAACACCAGAUUUGGUCUUUUUUCCCCUUUUUUUAAAAUUUAAGUUUUUCAAGCUGGCCCGUUGUGAAAACGAGUCAUCCACUAAUGUGAAAUCCUUGAAAUAUUAAUGAAAAAAGGUGAGUCCUCUUGGCGCAAAUGGGCCCCUAUCCGUAAAGUGUUGACUGUAAAUUAUAUACCAUGUACACUGGGUUUCUGUCCAAAACUAUAUCAAUGAUUAAAAUGAUUAAAUUAACUAAAAGCAAUGUUUAUGUUUUAUUGUAAAAGGAAAGUGGUCAAGGUUAAUUUUUUUUUUUUUUUUUUAUUUUAAAUGAAGUAUGGCCAAAUGACAGAACGUGCAGUGCAGAUGUUUUGCUUGCAUCUUUAAAAGUGUGCAUCAACUUGGAUGUUAGAUUCAGUUUAUACUAAGUCAGAAACAAACGUAAGCCGGUCUGGGGUUUCACUCGUCUUUGUUACCUUGCAGUGAACGUGGGUUUUCUCUCCUCAGCGUUGUUUUUGCUGCUUCACUGAAGGAUAUCACAAAUUUGAAUGUUCAGAUGUUCUUUUUCUUUUCUUUUUCUUUUUUUUUUUGCAAUAUCUUAUUUUUGAGAUUCUUUGCACAACAAUGUGUUUUACAUUAAAGAAAAAAAGCAUAGUGUUUACAGGUUUUGGAUAUAAAAAGGGUGAAUUGAUGGAUUCCUGUGCAACCUUGUCUAGAAUGUUGCUCUGUAGUUUUCCCUGCCAGUGCAGCUCCUGACAAACAGGUGCUUUAUAACUUUAUUCCUCAAGCAUCACUGAUCAGACGAGAGGAGGUCGUACGUUGUGUAAACUGUAGGGAUGCUGGGUUUCAGUGAUUGAAGCAGGGGAGGAAGGUUUCCCAGAGCUCGGAGACGCAGCCCUGCACUGCUGAGUCUUGAUCUGUUUUGUUUGCUCCUGCUGGAAGAACAGAGGAAACGGUGAGGUGAUCCGCUCUGACUGGAAACAAAGCACACUAUUUUAAGAGGACCAUACGUUUUAAACAAUUGAAAAUACUGUUUACAUCCCAGAUCCAUUGUCUUUGUAAAAUGUAAAGGUAUGAAUAAGACAUUUGCAGUGAUCACAGUAUUAAGGUUUCUGAAAUAAAUAAAUAAAUAAAUGCUGUGUCGA